ACAUACCAUUCCUCUCAAAAGAAAUUUAACUUCCAUAGUCCAUACUAAUAUUGAACAGUAGUAAACUACAAUACACAGGCGGAUGCUCCGAUCCAAACUGCUUAUUACUGAUCUUACUAAUCAAAAUUAAAGUUUUCUAACCACCACUUAAUUCUGACCUUAUUAAUUUAUCUAAUUACAUUUAUAUCGAUUUCAGUCUGUAAUUUCAAUUCUGUAUAUAAGCAUCAAGCGCAUGAAAUUCCAACAGUAGAAGCAGCAGCAGCCGUGAAUCGCUCGGAGGCCGUUCGCCGCACCAACGACCUGAUCUCCGGCGACAGCGCGUCGUACUCCGGGAUCGUCGAGAGCGCCGCGCCGCGCGACGGCUCCGGAACAGGAGCGAGGUUCUGGCGCCGCUGUUUCCCGCUGCCAGCGGCGGAAUUAGUUUGUUUGUGCCGGAAAACGGAUCUGAGAAGCUUCUGGAACGAUCUCGAAAUCCUGGAAGACGAAGGCGGCGAAAUCGAUCCCUUCGCCUGAGAAGGCGGCGCCGGAAUGGUCCGGCGGCCGCGAUCGGGAAGAUGGGGCAUCGAGAGGCUUCUGGCGGAAUCGUCUACGAUUAUAGCCGAGUGGAGGUGGCGCUCGAAGGACUUGAGCUCGAAGGAGUCGUAGAGGGAGCUUCCGCAGUCCCACAUUACCGGCUUCUCCGCCGCGGCGCCGCCGUGCUCCGCACGCCUGCCUCCUUGAGAAGCUUCCAGAUGAGUAGCCUGCACCGCCAUGUUUGACGAUCGGAAGGUUUGUACACGUGGAGCAAUAAGUUUUGAAGUCCGAU